GAUACUACUACACUCCACUCCAUUUAAAAUUGAGAUAGUAGUCCUCAUUUGUUUGACAAAAAAAAUCACACAUAAGCUUAGAACUCAUCAUCAUCAUCUUAAUAACUCACUCACAUGGCAAAACAAUCCAACGCGUUUAUUAUCCUCAUAGUAGCAACAACCAUAACCCUCUUUUCCGUUACAAAUUCAACUGCCAAAGAAACCGUUUACGAUUUACUUCCAAAAUUCGGUCUCCCUAGUGGUCUCUUACCUAACACCGUUACCGACUACUCACUCUCCGAUGACGGUCGAUUCGUCGUCGUUUUGGAUAAUACUUGCUACAUACAGUUUGAUUAUCUCGUUUAUUACGAAAAAACCAUCACCGGGAAGUUGAGCUACGGUUCCAUCACUGAUCUUAAGGGUAUUCAGGUUCAGCGUCUCUUCUUAUGGUUUAACGUUGAUGAAAUUAGGGUUGAUUUGCCUCCUUCUAAUAAUAUCUACUUCCAAGUUGGUAUCAUCAAUAAGAAGCUUAAUGUUGAUCAGUUUAAAACCGUUCGAUCUUGCCGUAACUCGUUGAGAUCUUCUCCUUGCAACCACGGAAUUUCAUUACCAUCCUCUUCCUCUCUGCUUCCUGUUCCAGUGGAGGAAAUUCCUAUGCUUCUCACAGAGUAGAUGCAGUUUUAUACUGGUAUUAUAUAUGGCAUAAUGGAGACAUCUUCACGUGCCACUGUACUUCUAUUGCUAGCUAGCUUAUCAAUCAAGUGUCUGGACUCAUAAAUCUCGAGUCUGGUUGAGUUAUAUCAUAUAUCCUUCCUUACUAGACUUUCAUGAACAUAUUAUUAUGUAUAUAUUUAAGUUCUGAGUCUUCGACUUUUAUUUCA